CCGCCGGCCCGCGGAGCCCCGAUGCUGGCCCGGAGGAAGCCGGUGCUGCCGGCGCUCACCAUCAACCCCGCCAUCGCCGAGGGCCCGUCCCCCACCAGCGAGGGCGCCUCCGACCGCGCACCCGGGCGUGCCGGGUUGUGGCAGCCCUCGCCCUCGGGCCUCUGCAGGGCGAGCUUGGCGGACCUCCAGAAGAAGCUCGCAGAGCUCGACCUCGACGAGCAGCAGAGGAAGCGGCUGGAGGCCUUCCUCACCCAGAAGGCCAAGGUCGGGGAGCUCAAGGACGAUGACUUCGAAAGGAUCUCGGAGCUGGGGGCCGGCAACGGCGGGGUGGUCACCAAGGUCCAGCACAGACCUUCCGGCCUCAUCAUGGCGAGAAAGCUGAUCCACCUGGAGAUCAAGCCGGCCAUCCGCAACCAGAUCAUUCGCGAGCUGCAGGUGCUGCACGAGUGUAACUCGCCGUACAUCGUGGGCUUCUACGGCGCCUUCUACAGCGACGGCGAGAUCAGCAUCUGCAUGGAGCACAUGGACGGCGGCUCUCUGGACCAGGUGUUGAAAGAAGCCAAGAGAAUUCCCGAGGAGAUCCUUGGGAAGGUCAGCAUCGCGGUCCUCCGGGGUUUGGCCUAUCUCCGGGAAAAGCACCAGAUUAUGCACCGAGACGUGAAACCGUCCAACAUCCUCGUCAACUCCCGAGGGGAGAUCAAGCUGUGCGACUUUGGAGUGAGCGGCCAGCUCAUCGACUCCAUGGCUAACUCCUUCGUGGGAACUCGGUCCUACAUGUCUCCAGAGCGGUUGCAGGGCACGCACUACUCAGUGCAGUCGGACAUCUGGAGCAUGGGCCUGUCCCUGGUGGAGCUGUCCAUCGGGAGGUACCCCAUCCCCCCGCCGGAUGCCAAGGAGCUAGAGGCCAUAUUCGGCCGGCCCGUGGUUGAUGGGGCAGAAGGAGAGCCUCACAGCAUCUCACCUCGGCCGAGACCCCCAGGACGCCCCAUCAGUGGCCACGGGACGGACAGCCGGCCGGCCAUGGCCAUCUUUGAGCUGCUCGACUACAUCGUGAAUGAGCCACCCCCCAAGCUGCCCAGCGGCGUCUUCACCCAGGACUUCCAGGAGUUUGUAAAUAAAUGCCUAAUUAAGAACCCAGCGGAGCGAGCGGAUCUCAAGAUGCUCAUGAACCACACCUUCAUCAAGCGGUCCGAGGUGGAAGAAGUGGACUUUGCCGGCUGGUUGUGUAAAACGCUGCGGCUGAAUCAGCCCAGCACGCCCACGAGAAUCGCUGUGUGACGGGUCCCACUCGUCCCCGCCCGCCACCUGUCCCAGGGAGGGCGGCCCGCUGCUCCGGCGUCUUCUCAGACCUGCUUCCUUAGGUUUAAAACAAAACAGGGAAAGAAAAAGCAAACUGUC